GAAAGCGGCCGAAUCCAGAGAGUCGUUGGCGUACAACACAGCAUGGCCCCGAGGCGGGAAAACAAAAAUGAGCACAGGCGAAAUGUGUAAGAAAAACCCACAUUACGCACACUGGAGUCACUGUACAUAGACUGGUAUUAAGACUAUAAGUGGGGGUGAAGGUGGGUGAGAAAGAGAAAGCGCCAACAAUGAAGGAAGGCAGAGUAGGAGGAAAGGGCGGAGGAGGAGGAGGAGCACAGCCGUCGGUGGAUGAGCGUUACACUCAAUGGAAAUCACUCGUCCCUGUUCUCUACGAUUGGCUUGCCAAUCAUAACCUUGUUUGGCCCUCCCUCUCUUGCCGGUGGGGGCCACAACUGGAGCAAGCAACCUACAAGAAUCGGCAACGUCUCUACCUUUCUGAACAGACUGACGGUAGUGUUCCAAAUACACUUGUCAUUGCAAACUGUGAAGUUGUAAAGCCUCGGGUAGCAGCAGCUGAACACAUAUCACAGUUUAAUGAAGAAGCACGUUCACCAUUUGUAAAGAAGUUCAAGACCAUCAUACAUCCUGGAGAGGUAAACCGAAUUAGGGAGCUACCACAGAACAGUAAGAUUGUGGCCACACAUACUGAUAGUCCUGAUGUUCUCAUUUGGGAUGUUGAGUCUCAGCCUAAUCGUCAUGCUGUCUUGGGAGCCUCAGAAUCUUGUCCGGACUUGAUACUCACUGGCCAUCAGGACGAUGCAGAAUUUGCACUUGCCAUGUGUCAGACAGAGCCUUUUGUCCUCUCUGGAGGGAAAGACAAGUCAGUUGUUUUAUGGAGCAUUCAUGACCAUAUCUCCUCUUUGGCAGCUGAUCAGAGUGCUACAAAAUCUCCAGGAUCUGGAGCUGCGAACACUAAGCAGUCAAAGCUUGGAGUUGAUGAUAAACGUGUUGAUGGUCCUCGUGUCCAUGCUCGAGGUGUUUUCCAAGGACACGAGGAUACUGUUGAAGAUGUUCAGUUUUGCCCCUCAAGUUCGCAGGAGUUUUGCAGUGUUGGUGAUGAUUCAUGCCUCAUACUCUGGGAUGCAAGAAGUGGUUCAGCUCCUGUUACUAAGGUUGAAAAGGCUCAUAAUGCUGAUCUCCAUUGUGUUGAUUGGAGCCCUCAUGACACACAUUUUAUUCUGACCGGGUCGGCUGAUAACUCUGUGCGCAUGUUUGACCGCCGAAACCUAACUUCAGGAGGAGUUGGGUCCCCUGUCCACACUUUUGAAGGUCACAGUGCUGCUGUCUUAUGCGUACAGUGGUCUCCACACAAAUGUUCUGUAUUUGGAAGUUCUGCAGAGGAUGGCAUCUUGAAUCUCUGGGAUUAUGAAGGGAUUGGUAAGCAGAACCCAGCUAGAACAAAAGCGCCAAAUGCUCCCCCUGGAUUAUUUUUCCGGCAUGCUGGGCACAGGGACAAGGUUGUUGAUUUUCAUUGGAAUGUAUCGGAUCCGUGGACUAUUGUGAGCGUCUCCGAUGAUGGUGAGAGUACUGGUGGCGGUGGUACUCUGCAGAUAUGGCGGAUGAUUGACCUAAUUUACAGAUCAGAAGAGGAGGUUCUCGAAGAGCUGGACAAGUUUAAAGUUCAUCUAAGUGAGUGUGCUUCUUGAGUCAACUGUUGAAAAUCUGAGAACCUGUUAACUAUUGGGGAGCCCUGAUUUGGAGAACAUCAGUUUCUAGGCUUCGUGUUUUGUUCAAGAUAGAACUUGUAGACUUUUAGAAUGUGAAAGCUCGUUUUGACCAUCCUGCUAUCUAUCCUACACAAUGCCUGCCUUUGUGA